AACAGUGUUGGCCGCGGUCGGAGGACGCGGGGGAGACCGUAGCUUUGGUAUUUGUUGUUUAUCUUUUGGCUAUUAUAUCCUACAAGUAGCCUAUAAAAAAAAAAUAUGAAAAAAAAAAAAAAAUGAAAUAACAAAUAACUUCAACUGGAAUUUAAAAACGCAUUUUGCUGCUCUCUGGCACAAAAGAGAGGAACUGCAGUUAUUUCAUGAUGGUUACGGCUGUCAGUUGUGCCAACAACACAACAUUAAACUUAAAACUUAAAAAUUAUUAAAAAUGUUAAAAUAAAAAAUAAAUAUGAAAAAUAAAUUUUAAAAAAAUAGAUAAAAAUACAAAUAAAAAAAUAAAAAUAGAAAAUAGAAGAAAAAAAAACCAAUGAAAUAAAAAAUAACUCCAACUGGAAUUUAAAAACGCGUUUCGCUGCUCACUGGAGCCAAAGAGAGGAACUGCAGUUAUUUCAUGAUGAUAACUGCUGUCAAGUUGUGCCAAGUUCCAAGAGUACUCCAUCCUAAAGCAAGCAUCUAAAGUGAUGUCUGGAUCUACCCUGGAAGAAGAGGACUUGCCUGCCAAUCACACAGGUCCAAAAGGUGUAAUCAAUGACUGGCGAAGGUUUAAGUUGGACAGCGUGGAUCAGACUGUCCCCCAAAGCAAGAGAGAGCUGCUCAGACAAAUGUCCAGUCCACGAGAGGAUGACAAGGAAAGACUCAACAGAAAGAUGAGUGUUCAAGAGUACGAAAUGAUCCAAGAAGAGGAUGAACGUUGCCUGAAACGCUACAGAAAACAGUGCAUGCAGGAAAUGCACGAGCGCCUGAGCUUCGGCCCUAACUUUGAAGAAGUCUACGAGCUUGAGACUGGAGAAGCCUUCCUGGAAGUCAUUGAGAAGGAACAUCGGUUGACCCUAGUGGUAGUCCACGUCUACCAGCACGGUGUCAAAGGCUGUGAACAGAUGAACUCAUGUCUGGACUGUCUGGCUUCGGAGUACUCCAGCGUUAAAUUUUGUCGCAUUGAUGCUGUGGCGUCAGGUGCUGCCGAGCGCUUCUCUCCUGAGGUUCUUCCUGCCCUGCUGGUGUACAAAGCUGGCGAGUUACUGGGUAAUUUCCUGGCAAUUACCAAACACUUCAAUGAAGACUUCUUCGCCACGGAUGUGGAGGGGUUUCUCAACGAAUAUGGCCUGUUACCUGAGAAGGAGUUCACAGCAUGUGCUGAUGAUGAGGACGAGGGAGGGGACGUGGAAUAGUAGGAGAAAGAGAGGAGGAGAGAAGGAUGAAUUGUAGUGGCGGAGAGUGGAUAAAGGCAGAGAAAGAGGCCCAAUUCUAAUCCGGUCCCUACAACCCUCCCAAACUCUGUUUGUAGUCACACUCACAGCUCAAUGAAGCAUCUUCUUUAAGGUGGAGGGUAUAAAUACAGCGGCCACUUCGGGACGAACUACCCUCUCUUCGGCAAGGAAAUAAAUAAAUAUAAGAA